UUUUCGUCUUCAUAUAUUAUAUCACUCUCACAACAGAAACACAGCACGUAAUAAGACUCAUUCAACCUCUUCCUCUCGUUCUCUCUUCCAAUUCCAAUUCUGCAGCAUAAAACAGAGAGAGAGAGACCCAUUGGAUCUUCAGAACCGCUCAGCUCAAAUGGCCAAGAAUGUUGGAAUCCUCGCCAUCGACGUCUACUUCCCUUCCACCUGCGUUCAGCAGGAAGCACUUGAGGCUCAUGAUGGUGCCAGUAAAGGGAAAUAUACUAUUGGAUUGGGACAGGACUGCAUGGCGUUUUGCACAGAUAUAGAAGAUGUCAUCUCAAUGAGUUUGACAGUAGUUACCUCCCUUCUUGAGAAGUAUGGCAUUGAUCCUAAGCUAAUUGGUCGUCUGGAAGUAGGCAGUGAGACUGUGAUAGACAAAAGCAAAUCCAUCAAGACAUUCCUGAUGCAGAUCUUUGAGAAAUAUGGAAAUACUGAUAUCGAGGGCGUUGAUUCAACUAAUGCAUGCUAUGGAGGAACUGCUGCUUUGUUCAAUUGUGUCAAUUGGGUGGAGAGCAGCUCAUGGGAUGGACGCUAUGGGCUUGUUGUCUGCACUGACAGUGCUGUCUAUGCUGAAGGACCUGCUCGGCCAACUGGCGGAGCUGCUGCUAUUGCCAUGCUAAUUGGUCCUGACGCUCCCAUUGCUUUUGAAAGCAAAUUGAGAGCAAGUUAUAUGUCUCAUGCCUAUGAUUUUUACAAGCCUAAUCUUGCCAGUGAAUAUCCGGUUGUGGAUGGGAAGCUUUCUCAAACUUGUUACCUUAUGGCCCUUGAUAAUUGCUAUAAAAGUCUCAGUCUGAAAUAUGAGAAAUUCGAGGGAAAACCAUUUUCUCUUGCUGAUGCUGAAUACUUUGUAUUUCACUCCCCUUAUAAUAAGCUCGUACAGAAAAGUUUUGCUCGUUUGGUGUUCAAUGACUUCUUGAAGAAUACCAGUUUUGUAGAUGAAGCUGCCAAAGAAAAACUGGGACCUUUCGCGACAUUAUCUGGUGAUGAGAGCUAUCAAAGUCGUGAUCUAGAAAAGGCAUCCCAGCAAGUUGCAAAGCCUCAAUACGACGCCAAGGUGCAACCAACCACUUUGUUGCCAAAACAAGUUGGCAACAUGUACACUGCAUCACUCUAUGCAGCAUUUGUUUCGCUUAUUCACAACAAACAUAGCACAUUGGCAGGCAAGAGGGUGAUACUAUUCUCUUAUGGAAGUGGCUUAACCGCCACAAUGUUCUCUUUGCAAUUACGUGACGGGAAACAUCCAUUUAGCUUGUCAAACAUUGCUACAGUGAUGGAUGUAGCUGGAAAAUUGAAGUCAAGGAAGGAGUUUCCUCCGGAGAAGUUUGUUGAAAUCAUGAAGCUAAUGGAACAUAGGUAUGGCAGCAAGGAAUAUGUAACAAGCAAGGAAACUAGCCUUCUAUCUUCUGGCACAUUCUAUCUCACUGAAGUUGACAACAUGUAUAGGAGAUUCUAUGAACAGAAAACUAGUGAAAGCGCUUUGAGUGCCAAUGGUCACUGAUGUUAACAUAGCCAACGCGUGAUGCCUAGAGGCCUGGAAGUCAAGUGUGGUUAGCAUUUAGAAGGGUGAUUUUUGUUUGCUAGUUUUGUAAGGGAAGAAAAAUUAAUUCGGAAGUUACCUGGUUGUCCAUUCAAACAUUUUACGAUGUAGUUACUCUCAAGCUAAAUAAUUCCAAAACAUUUUGAUUUUUCUACUA